AUGGGGAUACUCAUGGAUUCAAUUCUCUUGUUUCUUGUUUUAGGUAUAGUACUGUUCUUGGUAAGAGUUGUUUUAUUCAAAACUGGUUUGAUUUACAUGGUGAAGAAAUGGAAGAAGAAGGUAUCCGAUCAGUUUCACGUUUACCAAUUCUACAAAAUCCCUGAGUUCAACGAUAACUUGCAAGAGAAUCAACUGUACCGUAGAGUUCACGCAUAUUUGAAUUCCUUGAGCUCGAUCGAAAACUCCGAUUUCACGAAUCUCUUCACCGGAAAUAAACCAAACGAAAUCAUCCUCCGUCUCGAUCGGAAUCAAGUGAUCGGAGACGAGUUUCUCGGCGCUAGGGUUUGUUGGAUCAACGGAGAAGAUCAAGAAGACGAUAACUCGAGGAAUUUCGUUUUAAAGAUUCGAAAAUCGGAUAAACGGAGAAUACUUGGUCCUUACCUUCAACAUAUACAUACAGUCAACGAAGAGCUUGAACAGAGGAAAACAGAGCUAAAGCUAUUCAUGAACAUCGAUACAAAGAAAAAGAAAGGGAGAUGGAGAUCGAUUUCGUUUACUCAUCCUUGUACCUUCGAUAACAUUUUAAUGGAAGAAGAUUUGAAAGAGAAAGUGAAAUCGGAUCUUGAAUCGUUUCUUAAAGGUAAACAAUUUUAUAAUCGACUAGGACGAGUUUGGAAACGGAGUUACCUUCUUUAUGGACCUUCCGGUACCGGAAAAUCAAGCUUCGUAGCAGCUAUGGCUAAUUUCUUAAACUACGAUGUUUACGAUAUAGAUCUAUCGAAAGUACUAGACGAUUCGGAUUUAAAGAUGAUUCUUUUACAAACCACGAGUCGGUCUGUGAUCGUGAUCGAGGAUCUAGAUCGGUUUCUCUCGUCGAAAUCAACCAAUUCUCUAACCAUUUCAGGUAUUUUGAAUUUCACGGACGGGAUUCUCAGUUCUUGCGCCGCAGACGAAAGGAUCAUGGUGUUUACGAUGACGGCGAAGGAACAGAUCGACCCGGCGGUGAUCCGACCGGGUCGUGUCGACGUUCACAUACAUUUUCCGUUGUGCGAUUUCACGGCGUUUAAGGCGUUAGCGAAUAGCUACUUGGGUUUAAAAGAGCAUAAACUCUUCCCUCAAGUGGAAGGAAUAUUCCAAAACGGUGCGUCGUUAAGUCCCGCCGAGAUCGGAGAAUUGAUGAUCGCUAACAGAAACUCGCCGAGCAGAGCUCUUAAAUCUGUGAUCAACGCUUUGCAAACCGACGGAGAUCGGAGAGGAACUCCGGCGAUCGGAAGAAGGGUUUUUCACGAAAGAUCGUCGUCGGAAGAUUACGACGUAGGGAUGAGUGGGCCUUUACGCGGCGGAGGAAGUUCGCCGGCGGUGAGGGAGUUUAAGAAGCUGUAUGGACUAUUUAGGUUGAGAGGUAACAGACAAUCUCAGUCGUUCGAUCUUGCUCGAGAACUAAGGAACGGUUCGUGA